GGAGCGCGGCGCCAAGGAGGUGGUGCGGCCCGUCGAGCCCUUCCUCUGCACGCGCGCCGGCAACGUCAACGGCGUGCGUCUCAAGGACGAGUGCGAGGCCGCGCUGCGCAACAUCGUGGACGGGCCCGGCCCCGCGCAGGGCCCCGCGCGCAUGCAGACGCUGGGCUCCAACGCGUUCUGCCGGCCCGGCCGGGACGUCAACAUCGUCAAGGCCGAGUUCACGUGCUACUGCACCGACAAGAAGCAGUGGGACUGCCACAAGGGCGCCACUCCCGAACGGCCCAUGCCGAGCAACAAGAACAAGGACAAGUCCCGGGCCAUGAAGGUGCCUCGUAAGUGUGACUCUGACAUCGUGGUGCACAAGAUGUACACCGACUUCUGCGACAUGUACGGCAUGUUCGUGACGUACGACGACUGCGUCUCUCCCCGGAACCACACAAUCACGGCACAGAACUGGAUGCAGCGCGACACCCCCGUGGUGUGCCUGCCCGGCUCCUACACCAUCUACAUGCGGUGCCAGCUGUGCCGCUGCGUCAUGGGCGUGUACCAGCAGGACUGCGAGUUCGUGGACUGCCCGUGGACCGCCACCUGAAUCACCGCCAACACCGCCCCUAUUUAUUCUGCGUCAAGUCAAACAAAGACCGUUGCUGAUCGCUA